AUGGGCGCUGGGAAUCAUUCUGCAGCAGCUGUGUUUGUCUUGGUGGGAUUAACACAGCAGUCAGAGCUCCUACUUCCUUUCUUCCUCCUGUUCCUGGCCAUCUAUGUCGUGACAGUGGUGGGGAACCUGGGAAUGAUCCUGCUCAUCACAGUCAGCCCAGUGCUGCACACGCCCAUGUACUAUUUCCUCAGCAGCUUAUCCUUUGUUGAUCUCUGCUAUUCCACUGUCAUUACACCCAGAAUGCUGGUGAACUUCCUUGAGAAGAAAAAUUUGAUUUUCUACUCCGAGUGUAUGGCCCAGCUCUUUUUCUUUGUGAUCCUUGUGGUGGCUGAAGGUUACCUCCUGACUGCUAUGGCAUAUGAUCGUUAUGUGGCCAUCUGCAGACCAUUGCUGUAUAACGUGAUCAUGUCCUCUAGACUCUGUGCACUGUUAGUGCUCAUUGCCUUCAUCCUAGGCCUUUUCUCUGCUGUGGCUCACACAAGUGCUAUGAUGAAACUGAGCUUCUGUAAAUCUCACAUUAUAAGCCAUUACUUCUGUGAUGUUUUUCCCCUCCUCAACCUCUCCUGUUCUAACACACACCUCAAUGAGCUUCUCCUAUUUAGUGCAGGGAUUAACACCUUGGUACCCACCCUAGCUGUUGCCGUCUCCUAUGUUUUCGUCUUCUGUAGCAUCCUUCACAUUAAGUCAUCAAAGGGCAGAUCCAAAGCCUUUGGAACUUGCAGCUCUCAUCUCAUGGCUGUGGGGAUCUUCUUUGGGUCUAUCACCUUCAUGUAUUUUAAGCCUCCUUCAAGUAACUCUCUAGAGGAAGAGAGGGUGUCCUCUGUGUUCUAUACCACAGUGAUCCCCAUGCUGAACCCACUAAUAUAUAGUUUGAGGAACAAAGACAUGAAGAAAGCAUUGGGUAUAUUCUUGAUAGGAAGAUAA